CAACCCUAUCGCGCGGUACCACCCGGUACUCCGCAAACCGCUAGGCUCUCACUUGACUGUAUAGCUGUCGUAGUGAGAUGCUGGAGAUGCGUAUAUAUGUGAAUAAUUGCGGUUGUCAAUUUCCGUCAGAUAGUAUCCGUCCAGAGUAUAAGUAGUAUACGUCCAGUAAUGUAUAAUUUCGGAUACGCUGUCAGUAUGUACCAUUUUAACGUGUUCGGUAAUAAAUAAGUUUUAGAGUCGUUAUCGUUCGUGUUAAUUAUUUUCUUUGUACUGAUGACCCGCAUCUAGUACCGGGGUCGUCCAGAUACAAAAGUGGCGACGAGUAUUCGCGUGUGUAGUUAGUUUUCUUGUACCGAAUAGAAAACCUAACCAAACAUUUCGUCUCCCACGCGGAAGAAACGAAAGUGGAGUGAGAUGGCUGAUAACGGUAAUGAUCAGAACGGACAGAAUGGUGUUGACCCCCCGGAAGAGUUAAAUCAGCGACAGCAGUUGAACCUGCCGAUUAAUACCGCGCCGGCGGCCCGUUAACAGCAGCAAAUUUUUGCUCCCGUUGUGACGUCACAUCAACAGCAGCAGCCGUUCAUUCCAGUGUCUGUUUCGCAGCAGCAGCAAUUGCCAACCAUUCCACCUCAUCAAUCACAAUCACAGGCUAGUGGAAAUAUGAUGAUGCAAAUAAUGCAGAUGAUGUAGCAGACGAUGGCACAAAGUCCGCUUCAACACCAGCAGUUAAUGGCUCAGCUGGUACACCGACAGCAACAAUCUGAUGAGCAGCAACAACAGUCCCUUCGCAGUAUCGCAUCGUCGAUUAACGUUCAAGUGCCACCAAAUCCGGAACAGUUACUUGAUUCUUUGGCCAGCAACAUUAAGGAAUUCCGGUACGAUGCUGAAAAUAAUGGAACCUUUGCAGUGUGGGACUCCAGAUACGAUGAUCUUUUCGAGAAGGAUGCUGCUAGAUUAGACGACGAAGCAAAAGUUCGUUUGCUUAGGCGAAAGUUGGGUUUAGCAGAGCAUGAGAGGUACGUGAGUUACAUUUUACCCAAACUGCCAAAAGAUUUCAGCUUCGUCCAGACAGUGAACAAGCUUAAGAGUCUGUUUGGAGCGAAAGAAUCGGUUAUUAGUCGCCGUUACCGAUGUCUGCAAAUAACGAAGAAUCCUACUGAGGAUCACGUAGCAUUUGCCUGCCGUGUAAACAAAGCUUGUGUGGAGUUUGAGCUGGGAAGGCUUAGCGAGGAGCAGUUCAAAUGCUUGGUGUAUGUGUGUGGACUGAAAUCCGAGAGUGAUGUCGAGAUACGUACCCGUCUCCUCGCCAAAAUCGAAGACAGUAAUGACGUUACUUGGAGCAGCUCUCAGAAGAGUACUCCGUACGGUCAGGUACAAUCAAUUAGAAAGUUUGGUGGAAAGCGGUUCGGCAAGCGUGACCGAGAGCAAUCAAAACGUUAUUCUUCUAAUGCCGUCAAGAAGCCAAGUUACCCGUGUUGGCUUUGUGGUUCGUUACACUACAGUCAGGAUUGCAGUUAUAAAAAUCACAAAUGUUCCGAUUGUGGUUCUUUUGGACAUCAUGAAGGAUACUGCGAUAGCACAGACUAA